UACAUUGGUUAUGUUGGUCAGAGUCGAGAUUAAAUGUGAAAAUCGUUGUGAUCUUGAUUCAGAACUGGUUUGUUUUGAUCUGGUGCUGUAACCUAAAAAUGUAAACAAAUACUAAGAAAAAUCCAAGAACAUCAGUUAGCCGAGAAGACAAUCAUGUAAAUUUUCCAACACUUCUAGUUUUAAAUGAAUUUCCCAAGAUAUCCACAGUUUUAUCAGUGGGAAAAAUGGAAGUGUUUGAGGCGAUCGGCGAAGUUCCAGGUAGUAGUAACAUCUUUGAGGAAGGAGGAAGAGGCUGCCGCACCAAGAAGAAACAAGUAGACCCACUAUGUUGCCCUGUAUGUAGUGUAACUGUUCGUCAAACUGAACUGGAUGUCCAUUUGUGCUUGGAAUUAGACAAAUUAAACAAAAUACCCACUCCCAGGAUGAGAUGUAAUGGAAAAACGACACCGUCUUGUUCAAACGGGCUCUUAUCAAGUACAUCGAAAGAUCCCGAUAAAAAUUGGGAGACUUUUCAAAAGGUGAAAAGCAACAGACAGAGCAGGUUACGUACGAAAACUCGCAAAAGGAAAGCUGAGGAGCAAAUAUGCCCCAUUUGCAGCAAAGAGGUUCCAGAGGAUUUGUCUUUGCAUGUGGAGGUAUGCCUGAGACGUUCAGAGCAAAACAGCAGUGACCAUGAAGAAGAAAACAUCGAUAUUGAGUCAUUCGAAGAGUAUGAGUGGGCCGGCCAAAGCCGAGUCCGGGCUACAAGUCUUUUGCCAGGUGGAGUGGCCACUUUAGGUCAAACUUUGCAGAAUGCUGAGGAAGAUGAAGAUCUAAAUGUAGACGAAUGUGAUGCUGAAAAAUAUGGAUCUCCGCAAUAUUCUGAACGCGAUAUUAUAUUACCGUGCGAAGAGGCAGAAGAGGAUAUCGCUCUAAGGAAAGCUGUAAUAGGCAGUGAGCCUAACAGGCUAUCUAAACGAGCAGAUAUUGACGAAAACUAUUAUAAUGGCGACCCAGUGCUAGAAGUGCUUAAGAAUCGCAUUAGAGAACUUGAAGCUCGUCUUGUAUCCAAAGAUGAAGUUUAUAAGUGUUUAAUUUGCAUGGAGCGUUACAGAACACCAGUGAUUUCCGUGUGCUGCUGGCAUGUUCAUUGCGAGCAAUGUUGGCUUCAAACGCUCGGAGCGAAGAAACUGUGUCCCCAGUGUAACAUGAUCACCUCAGCAAGUGAUCUAAGAAAGAUUUAUAUGUAAUGUUUCCAAAUUGACCUAUAUCCUCAAGGUAGUUAGGAUAAAUACAUUCCUUAAAUUGCCGGAUAUUAUACUUAAAGCCAUGAAAAUUCACUUUUUAGAUGUACCCAUAUGUAGCUUAAUGCUCAAUCUUCUUUUAUUGUUGUUUAUACCAAAGUAUCCACUAUUUGGGUAUUUGCAAUUUCUUAAAUAAAACGCAAAAUAAUAUUGAAACAUUGUGAAUAUAGGUAUUGUAAAGAUAUACUUGAUUUGUUAAUUAUUUAUUAAUUUAUAAUGUAGGUUUAGUUUGGAAUGCAAAACACUUUUGUUCCAUAGUUUGAGGGUGAAAAAUAUGUUUCUUAAUAAAAGUGGCAUUUCACUAUGGUUUUUCAUGGUAGGGUCCUGGAAGAAAAUAAAAUAGGCCGCAUUUUACAAUCCUA